GUUACUACGGAAAUUGGUGUUAACGUGUUCUGUAUUUUUUCCUUUUAGUAACUGGGAUGAGCCCUUUGUCACCGUAUUUAAACUUGGACCCCAAGUACCUAGUACAGGAUACGGAUGAGUUUAUCUUGCCCACAGGAGCCAACAAAACUCGAGGCAGAUUUGAGCUGGCCUUUUUUACCAUUGGAGGAUGUUGUAUGACAGGGGCAGCAUUUGGUGCACUGAAUGGUUUGAGACUUGGCUUGAAGGAGACACAGAAUAUGGCGUGGUCAAAACCUAGAAAUGUACAAAUUCUAAAUAUGGUGACAAGGCAAGGAGCGUUAUGGGCUAACACUCUGGGAUCACUGGCUCUACUUUACAGUGCAUUUGGAGUCAUCAUUGAAAAAACACGAGGUGCAGAAGAUGACCUGAACACCGUAGCUGCUGGAACCUUGACAGGAAUGCUAUACAAAAGCACUGGUGGAGUGCGCGGGAUAGCGCGAGGUGGGAUCGCGGGUCUGACGCUGACUGGCCUCUACGCCCUGUACAACAACUGGGAGCACAUGAAGGGCUCCCUAGCCCGGCAGUCCCUGUGAGCAGGGCAGAGGACACGCUUGCUUAGUCACCUAUCAAAUCAGUUGUGAGAUCUAUCUCGUGCCCCUUGCUAUUUUAUUUACAAUUAGUGUGAAACUGAUGGAAGCUGUGCUGGGAGGAGCCUCUUGACACCGUGUAGCUGGACUGGCCCUUCCCACCAGCCAAUUGCUGGAGAGGCAACAAUAUUUGUUGGACCUGCAAGUGAACAGAGUGGCCACUGAGACAAAGUCUCCCUGCCAUGCUCCCCAGGCAGCCCUGGUCAGAGCUGCUGGGUGUGCUGGGCCCCCAUAGCUGCUCCUGCUCGCUGCCAGGUUUGUUGGGUGCCUGUAAGGUCUGUGUCCAUGGAGUAUUCCCUGCAGCCCCAGCAGCCAUGGCACAGUCAGGGUUUGCUAUUCUGGCAGCACAAGGCAAGCUAGCAAAAGGGACAUCAUCAGAAUAAAAAGGGUGGUACUUGCUCAAUACCAUUUCUAUCCUUUGCUCUUCCUGCUGCAGAAGUGUGCUGUAUCCAGUGACCUAUUUAUGGAUUUAUUUUGAAGGACCAGUGUGAUGAAAUCACAUUCAGUGGGAUUCGGUGGGUGAGGGGCAGUGGACAAGCAGGCUGAUUAUCUCCUGAUGGGUGGUUAUGGUAAGGCAUAGCAGGGCUUGACUUCAGUCCCUUAUUUCCUCUAACAAAUAAGGACCUGGUUGGUUAUGGAUGAAAUACAGUUACUGUUGCAGAACAGCUGCCAGUGGAUUAUCAAAAUAUUUGGGUGCUCCAAUAUCUCAUUUAGCCAACAAUUAGAAACCAAACAGUAUAAAGACUACACUCAUUACCUAUUACAGGACUUUUAAUUAGCAAGAAACUUUUUGCCUGAAGUACCAUUUGUAGAUUAUUGGCAGAACGAAGACUGUGAUGAACCUAUACAUUCUCCAGUGUUAAAAUUAAACCAUGUACCAAGCAUCUUGCAGAUAAAUUAAACAGUAAGUUGAUAAUUA